CCACGACUCCUCCUAUGGCACCUUCGCCGGGGAGUUCUACGACCUGCGCUACCUGUCGGAGGAGGGUUACCCUUUCCCGACUGCUCCUCCUGUGGAUCCAUUUGCCAAAAUCAAAGUGGAUGACUGUGGAAAAACUAAGGGGUGCUUUAGAUAUGGCAAACCGGGCUGUAAUGCAGAGACCUGCGACUACUUCCUUAGCUACCGGAUGAUAGGGGCUGAUGUGGAAUUUGAGCUGAGUGCAGACACAGAUGGUUGGGUAGCAGUUGGCUUCUCUUCAGACAGGAAAAUGGGUGGUGACGACGUCAUGGCCUGCGUCCACGAUGACAAUGGCAGGGUCCGCAUACAGCACUUCUAUAAUGUAGGCCAGUGGGCAAAGGAGAUUCAGAGAAAUCCUGCUAGAGAUGAAGAAGGAGUGUUUGAGAACAAUCGUGUCACCUGCAGAUUUAAACGGCCUGUGAACGUUCCCAGAGAUGAAACAAUUGUUGAUCUGCAUUUGAGUUGGUAUUAUCUCUUUGCUUGGGGUCCAGCCAUUCAGGGCUCUAUCACCCGCCACGAUAUAGACUCACCACCGACUUCAGAGCGUGUUGUCAGUAUUUACAAGUAUGAAGACAUUUUUAUGCCAUCAGCUGCCUAUCAGACCUUCUCCUCUCCGUUUUGUUUGCUUCUCAUUGUUGCCCUGACCUUCUACUUAUUGAUGGGAACCCCUUAACCACAGCUGCAAAGCCAACCGAGUAAAUGGAUUAGAAAGUCUUGAGUAUAAAUAUAUUUUUAAAGAAUAUGUAGUAUAAUUUUAGCUUCUAUUAUUUAAAAAAAAAGACUCAUCUGAUUUUGGCUGUUUGGAAGAAAGAGCAAACUGCUUUUCUAAUCAAAGAGGAUUGUUUAAUAAUGACCCCACACUUUUGGAAAGUACUUAAAACUUUUCUAAGCACUUUCAAAUGUUUUCUUAUUUGAUCUUCAUAACAUGUCUGAGUUGGCUUGAUGAAAAGUGUUAUUGCCAU